AUGGGGCUAGGCCUACAUUUGACGAGUGCUACAUCUGUCUCUGAUACCGAACCCACACCCUGCGAUAGCCAUCUCAAGAAAGCCUUCGACCGAUAUGAACUCUUGUUGAAGGAUCUCCAUUGCCUUUGCAAAGAUUUGAUUGCGCUGGGCGAGAAGUCGUGCUGUCUUGAACCUACCUCUAGUCAGACUAGUCUUAUCUCGACCAAGGCCUCUGAAGACAUCCAGAAUAAUGAAUUGGCUCCCAAAGCGGGUACUGCGAAUGCUAAGGGUUGCAAAAAGAGCUGCUGUGGCGACUCGACUCCAGGAGUCAAGGCACUCAGAGUGGCCACCAAGACCGUGACUGCAAAUGAGAAGGGCUGUACGAAGAACUGCUGUGGAAGCCCGACUCCAACAGUCAAGGCGCCCACCUUAACUGCUGCUGAUCAUACAAAAAGGGAUUGUUGUGCAAAAGCUAUCCCCACAGCUGCCCCGGCUAGUCCUACGGUUGAUCCGAACCCCGCCGUAAAGAGUUGCUGUAAAGUCUCUACGGAGCCGACCCCAAGCGUUCUACAAGAUUCCUGUGGCCGUGAUAACCAGUUCACUCUUUUAGGAUGUGAAAGUUCCCGCGAUGUGCCUCCGAAAAAGGCAUGUUGUCGCAAACAUGACGAAGAACUGAAGAAGACCUGCUGUAGCAAAGACGGCGAAGCGCCGAAAAUUCCCACCCUCGGAGCAGUGCACGCCGAUGCUUAUCAUCCGAAAGGGGCGGUCGUUCAAUGUUCGUGCACAGCCAAGACUGGGUGUUGCGAGACCGAUGAGAAGUCUGAGACUCCGGUGUCGUCCAUCGCUCAAAUAACUGGAGGAAACGAUAAGCAUAUAGGAGGGCUCUCCCGCAGCGUGGACUUAGAAAAAGGCAUAGGCGGACUCGAGCACCUAGUUAUCAGCGUGCAAGGUAUGACGUGUACAGGAUGUGAGACCAAGCUCUACAAAUCUAUUCUGGCCCUUCCUGGUGCUUAUAAUGUUCGUACCAGUCUGGUAAGGGCGGAAGCAGAAUUUGAUCUCGAUCUGGAAGCGUCCAAGGGCACUGUCGAGAGUACUGUUCAGACUCUGGAAAGCAUGACCGAUUUCGCCUGCAAACAGGUUAUUCGUCGCGGUGGUAUUCUCGAUGUUAUCAUCGCAGGCGCAAUCCAGCCCUUUCUGAAUCAGGAGCUCCCCGAAGGUAUCCAGAAGAUUCUCAAAUCAGGCGACCACGAGGCUCAGAUCAUCUAUGACCCUCGUGUCAUUGGCGCUAGAGACAUCUCUCGCGAACUCCUUGGCCCGCAAGACGCCCUAGCUUCCCUCAAGCAAAGUGCUAUGAACGCCAGUAGAAGGAAGUUUUUGGUCGCCCUGUGGUUGACAAUCUUCUCCGCCAUCCUCACAAUCCCUGUCCUUGUCCUGGCGUGGGCUCCUAUACCUGAGCACAAAAUCACCUACGGGGCAGUUUCUCUUGCGUUGGCCACGAUCGUGCAAUUUGUUGUUGCGGGCCCAUUCUAUCCGAAAGCGCUCAAAGCCCUGUUCUUCGCACGAAUGAUCGAAAUGGAUCUUCUGAUUGUCAUCAGCACGAGUACAGCCUACGUCUUCUCGAUCAUUGCAUAUGCUUGCAUGGUCAGAGGUCAGCCUCUUGAGGUCGAAAGCUUCUUUGAGACGUCCACGCUUCUUAUAACGCUGAUCAUGUGUGGUCGUGUGGCCACCGCCUACGCUCGCGACAAGGCAAUUGGAUCUGUCAGUGUUGAUUCUCUACAAGCUGCGACAGCGACUAUUCUCGACGAGAAGGACCAGGAAGAGACAAUUGAUUGUCGUUUGCUUCAGUAUGGAGACAUCUUCAAGGUCUACCCAGACAUGAUAGUUCCAACAGAUGGGACGGUUUUCUCUGGUGGUACCGAGGUGGACGAAUCGAUGGUGACUGGAGAAUCCGAUCUCGUUCCUAAGAGCAUUGGCUCUCCAUUGAUUGCUGGCUCAGUCAAUAGAACGGGCACUGUGACCGCCCGGUUGACCCGACUUCCCAACGAGAACACUAUCGCCAACAUUUCAGACAUGGUGAAUGAGGCAAAUUAUUCAAAACCGAAAAUCCAGGAGAUCGCAGACCACGUCGCGGGAUAUUUCGUUCCAACCAUACUUGGAAUCACUGUUGCAGUCUUUGUAAUCUGGAUCGCGAUUGGCAAAACUAUUCAAGGAAGAAGCAGCAAUGACGCAGUUGUCAAUGCUCUUACGUACGCACUGUCGGCCCUUAUUGUCUCAUGCCCCUGCGCCAUCGGCCUAGCAGUCCCCAUGGUCGUUGUCAUAGCUGGUGACGUUGCCGCGAAGGACGGCCUCGUCUUUCGCACCGGCGAAACAAUCACCAGCGCCAGAAAGGUUUGUCAUGUCAUCUUUGACAAGACUGGCACGCUAACGCAGGGGAAACCCAUUGUCGUCUCUGAGAUAUGUCUAAAUGGGCCAAUUGCAACUUCUAGGGCUCUCACCCUAGCUCUUACUAGGGAGAACAAACACCCCAUAUCUGCCGCUGUCGCGGCAUACCUAAUAGAAGGAGAUGUUGAACGGAUUGGGCUCUCAGGGCUCACUGCCGUUGUAGGCAAGGGCGUGGAAGCGAAUAUUCCGGAGACAAAUGUGAAGGUUCGUGGUGGCAAUGUCAAAUGGAUCGGUGCCGAGGACAAUCUUGAAGUUCAGGAUCUUCUUUCUCAGAAACUCACCGUGUUUUGUGUCCGUCGAGGUCCAACACUCAUCGCAGCGUACGGACUCCGAGACACUCUUCGUCCAGAUGCAGUACAGGUUAUAUCAGAGCUUAGAGCUCGAGGGGUUGAGAUCUCCAUUGUUAGCGGUGAUGAGGAAAACGCCGUCCGUGCGGUGGCCGAUGAACUGGGUAUUCCAGCUGUCAACGUCCGUUCUCGAUACUCUCCAGGGGACAAAAAGAAAUAUAUCGAAGACCUUACUACAUCUAGCCUCAAACAUUUAAUCACGCUCUUCAUUGGAGAUGGCACGAACGAUGCUCCCGCACUCGCCCAAGCCAGCAUUGGCGUUCACGUCAACAAUGGGACUGAAGUAGCCAGAUCCGCGUCCGACGCCGUUCUUUUGACGCCGUCGCUCCAGGGCAUCCUGGCCCUGGUGGAUCUGUCCAAGGCGGUGAUGCACCGGAUCAAGUUCAACUUCGGCUGGUCGUUCACCUACAACACUAUCGCCAUCUUGUUGGCUGCUGGUGCUUUUGUGAAUGUACGCAUCGAACCUGCGUAUGCCGGGCUCGGGGAGCUCAUCAGCGUGUUCCCGGUCAUUUUGGCAGCGCUUCACUUGAAGUGGCGUUGA